GACUAAAACGGCUUCAUAGAGUGUGUGAUUAGACAGUCGCUUGUACUUGAAUAGCAGGCGUUUGCUGUCGGCAGUAUGGAUCUCCGUGCCAUCUGCCGGUCCCUAUUCACUUUAUCGCUGUGAUCGAGUAGUUGUACGCAUCCUCUUGACGGCCCCUGGUUUGUAUUAGGGAGGUACUUUAGAAAUAUCCAAGCUCUGUACUUUUUCUUUGGUAUAUAAUGAAACGUCGUUGACUGUGAAGCGGAGAAGCGCUCCGGGUUUUUAAGCGAACAAGGACGGACACGGGGGCUUGAGGCUCGCGGCGACCGGUGAGCCAGGCUCCAGUUUUCACCCAGCAAGAAGAGUGCUCUCUGGAGAUGUCACGGCACCAUAACCGAUUCGAGAGAGAUUACCGCGGCGCGUGGGAGCGGAGGGACCGGGGAACUGGCCCAGGGAUCGCCGCCAACAGCAGCUGCAACACGACCAACAGCUGUGGAGGUGCCAACAACCGGCCUGGUCUCCUCCCCCUGCCUGUGAUCUCCUCCCUCCUUCCGACCCCCGUCUCCGUCGCCAUGACCACCUCCAGCAGUGACCUGGUAUGCAAGCGCAUUGGCCCCGCCUCCACCACUGCCACAGCGAAGGUUUCUGGCCUUUCAAUGAGUGAAAGUCAGGCGCAGGGGCAAAUCUUGGCCCCAGGGAUCCGGUGGGGUCAGACGCCGAUCGACCAGUCCACGCCCUGGGAGACGGACGAACCUCCCGCCAAACAGAUGCGUGAGACCAGCAACGCGGGUCCGUUGUGGCCCCCCCCCACUGCAGUGAGCCAGCCGAGCCUCUUAGCGCAUACGUACGGGAUGCCCCAAGCCCCCAUAUACAGCCAAGGAGUGACUGUCCAGGCCCCCGCCAUUGGCGUUAAGCCGGCACUGCAGACCCCCGUCCCCUCUCCACACCCGCUCAUGCCGGCUCACUUCCCACUCCCACCGCAACCCGCCCAGCCUCUCCCCAGCAUGGUGAUGGCCAUGAGUCAACCCCUACACGGCGGUAGCCAGCCGCCCAUCACCAUGGCCCCGCUGAGCGGACUCUGUCAGGUGGCGCCUUCCGUGCACAGCGCCGUGGGCAACGGUCACAUGUCCCACCCUCUAAUUCCGCCAUCCGCCCUGCCUCCCUCCACCCUGCCAGGCGGUACCCCCGCUACCAAUGGGCAAGCGGUUACCCAUGCUGUGCCCCUGCCUCCGACCAAUCAGGAGCAUUCCAAUGGACUGCAGAUGCUGCGGACUGUCGGGAUGGGAAAGUAUGAGUUCACUGACCCUGGGCACCCUAAAGAGAUGUUGAAGGAGUUGAACCAGCAGCGCAGAGCGAAAGAGUUUACAGACCUGAAAAUUGUUGUUGAAGGCAAAGAGUUUGAAGUCCACCAAAAUGUUCUAGCUUCCUGCAGCUUGUAUUUCAAGGACCUGGUUAAAAGGUCAUCGGGGGAGAGCAGGAAGGAGGAGAAGCUUGAGCUGUCGAUGAGCAACAUCGGAGCGGACGUCCUGGAACUGCUGCUGGAAUUUGUCUAUACGGGGUCCCUUAUCAUCGACUCCGCCAAUGCAAAAACCCUGCUGGAGGCAGCCAACAAGUUCCAAUUCAAUACCUUUUGCAAAGUUUGUGUGUCCUUCUUAGAAAAACAGCUGACAGCCGCUAACUGCCUGGGGGUGCUGGCCAUGGCCGAGGCGAUGCAGUGCAACGAGCUGCACAACAUGGCCAAAGCCUUCGCCCUGCAGAACUUCCCGGAGGUUGCCUGCCAGGAGGAGAUCCUCAACAUCUCCAAGGAGGACUUCGUCAGCUACAUGUCCAACGACAGCCUCAACACCAAGGCCGAGGAGCUGGUCUACGAGACCGUCAUCAAGUGGAUCAAGAAGGACCCUGGCAGCAGAGUACAGCAUGUUUCCGAGCUGCUGGCCGUGGUGCGUUUGCCUUUCAUUCACCCCAGUUACCUCCUGAACGUCGUGGAUAACGAGGACCUGAUAAAAUCCUCGGAAGCGUGCCGCGACCUGGUCAACGAGGCCAAGCGCUAUCACAUGCUGCCCCACGCGCGCCAGGAGAUGCAGACGCCCAGGACUCGGCCGCGCCUCUCCGCAGGUGUGGCAGAAGUGAUCGUAUUGGUGGGCGGUCGGCAGGCCAUUGGGAUGAACCAGCGCUCCUUGACCGCCGUCACGUGCUUCAACCCCCAGAACAACAAGUGGUACCCCCUGGCGAGCUUGCCUUUCUACGACCGCGAGUUCUUCAGUGUGAUUUCAGCGGGUGAUAAUAUCUAUCUGUCAGGUGGCAUGGAAUCUGGAGUUCUGUUGUCAGAUGUGUGGUGUUACAUGUCGUUGCUGGAUAAUUGGAACCUGGUGUCCCGGAUGACAGUCCCUCGAUAUAGACACAACAGUGUGGUGUAUGAUGGGAAACUCUACACCCUUGGAGGACUUGGGGUGGCAGGGAACCUGGAUCAUGUGGAAAGGUAUGACACCAUCACGAACCAAUGGGAGACUGUUUCUCCGUUGCCCAAACCGGUCUACUCAGCAGCAGCUACGGUGUGUGGGGGCCGGAUCUAUGUGUUCGGUGGGGUGAACGAAGCUGGUCGGUCAGCAGGCGUCCUGCAGUCUUUCAUACCUCAAACAAAUACGUGGAGCUUCAUAGAGUCACCAAUGAUCGAUAACAAGUUUGCCCCCGCUGUCACGCUGAACGGCUUCAUCUUCAUUCUGGGCGGAGCCUAUGCAAGAGCAACCACGAUCUAUGACCCAGAAAAGGGCAACAUCAAAGCAGGGCCCAGUAUGAACCAUUCAAGGCAGUUCUGCAGCGCCAUCGUCCUUGAUGGGAAGAUACAUGCCACGGGAGGCAUCGUGAGCAGCGAGGGCCCGGCGCUGGGGAAUAUGGAGGCCUUUGACCCCUGUACCAACUCGUGGACACUCCUGCAGAACAUGCCAUGCCCGCUCUUCCGGCAUGGCUGCGUGGUCAUCAAGAAGUACAUCCAGAGCGGCUGAUGGGGCCGGAGUCAACUCUCUCGGGAUCGUCUCGGGAUGCCUACAGUGGAACUUGUCCUCCCUCAUCCCUGACCCCC